AUGUCGACCGACGUGUAUAACCCCUCCGUUUCGCAGCCCCCGACGUCUCUAAGUUCUUCAUUCUCCUAUCCUUUCUCUCCCAUCGGACCGGCCUCGUCCUUUGACGGGCUCGGCGCCAACAGCAUGCGACUGGGCGAUGCCGACCUGUCGCCACCCAUGAAUGGCUUUCAUCGAAUGGCUAGUAGCGCUGCUAUUCUAAUGCGUAAGCUCCCAAAGAACACCAGCCGGGAAGCUCUUCGCUCUAUGUUUCUGUUUGCCAAGGAUUUCGUGGAUGCCGAUUUCGUUCCGACUGACUUUCCCGACGAUGUCAAUUUUCUCAGUGCCGUCGCCCGUUUCAACACCAUGACUGCUGCCGAAGAAGCCCGUGCUAUGCUCGACGGCAAACCCAACACUAGCAACGAAGCCAACAUGAUCGUGGAAAUGUAUUCGGGCCCUCUCCCCAGCCGCCGGAACACCAUCGAUCAUACGUCUGCUCGUGGCCUCCCAGGCCCAACUACCCGCCAGUCAUCUCGCUUCAAUGGCACUUUUCAGUCCAUGUCCAAUGGUGUUUCUCAACAGGCAAAUGGAAACGAACCACUUCCUGCCCCCGAUACCAAUUCCCGUUUGCACAGUCUCUUUUCUCCGCAGUCUCCCAUCGGGAACGGAAUUGGGGAGUUGCCACGGGUGAGCGGGAAGUCCGUGAUAGAUCAAGACCUCGAUGAGGAGACGGGUGAGCUGCUCAAAGAUCCUGUCGGCUACGCUCAAAAUGGUCAUGUCAACAUGCCAUUGCAGCGCCGAUCAACGAACCCACAAAUUCCCACCGGUCGUUUUGCUGCGCUAUCUCUCUCCACCAACGUGACUUCCCCGUUGCAGAGCUACUCUAACGGAAAUACCGGUCGCAUGGGUGUGCCAACCCCAUCGGGCGCAAUACCCCCUAACCUAGGAGGCAAUCCGUCCUUCCACUUCCCCAAUCAGCACAACCCUCGCCACAGCUUGCCUGCCGCUAAUCCGAACGACCUCAAUCCUCCAUGCAAUACACUUUACGUCGGCAACCUCCCAGCCGAUACGCAGGAGGAAGAACUUAAGGCUCUCUUUUCAAAGCAACGAGGAUACAAGCGUCUGUGUUUCCGCAACAAGCAGAACGGCCCCAUGUGCUUUGUUGAAUUUGACGAGGUAGCCAUGGCUAGCAAAGCACUGAACGAAUUGUAUGGAUACAAACUAUCGAACAGCGUUAAGACCGGCAUUCGCCUUAGUUUCUCAAAGAAUCCCCUUGGUGUCCGAAGUGGACAGCCAGGGAGCAGUGUCAACCCGUCCACUCCUCUCAGUCCACAGACUCCUAUGCACGGAAGUAAUGGGAUUGGCUCAAUGUCGAAUGCCAUGUUUACCACUGCGAAUGGCCCACCUCCCGGUCUGUCUGCCCCUCCCGGCCUUGGUCUUCCAAUGGGACUGAGAAAUGGCUCUGUAUCAUCCUCUGCAAACCCUCAUGCAUCCAUGACAAAUGGUAAUGCUUUUGCUGGAAAUAAUGGCCUCGGCAUCAGAGCAAACGGCAUGAACCCUAUUGGGCCUAAUUCUUUGAAUGGCGGGGUUCCUGGUGGCGUGGCAGGUUCUGGCAUGGGAACCUUUAACAAUGUCUACCCUGACUAUAUGAUGGGUCGUUGA